CGUGAGGACGCCAUUGGUCUACACAGGAGGAUACACGCCUCGUGUGCUGACGGAUACUCCCAGUCUGGUUCAGGACGGCUGAACUGUCAGUCAAACGGAAAGUGGAAAUACAACAUUGUCUGUGAAGAUAUUAAUGAAUGCCUGAGCAAUCCAUGUCAGAAUGGAGGAACAUGCAGUAACAACAAUGGAUCCUACACGUGUAUGUGUGCAGAUGGUUGGACAGGGACAAUUUGUAAUCAAGAUGUUGAUGAGUGCCAGAAUGACCCUUGCCUCAAUGGAGCCAAGUGCACAAACACCCCCGGCUCAUUCAACUGUACGUGUGACGCCGGAUGGACGGGGACAGUUUGUGAUGAAGAUAUUAAUGAAUGUCUGGACGAUCCAUGUCACAACGGGGGGACAUGCAGUAACAUCGAUGGAUCUUUCAAGUGUACAUGCGCAGAUGGAUUCACAGGGGCCCUCUGUAAUGAAGAUAUUGAUGAGUGCCAGACUGAUCCAUGCUUCAAUGGAGCCAAUUGCACAAACACACCCGGCUCAUUCACCUGUACAUGUAACGCCGGAUGGACCGGGAUAGUUUGUAAUGGAGAUAUCGAUGAAUGUCUGGACAAUCCAUGUCACAACGGAGGAACAUGCAGUAACAACGCUGGAUCUUUCACGUGUACAUGCGCAGGUGGAUUCACAGGGGCACUCUGUAAUGAAGUUCUGCCGAACAUCGCAUUAGGUAAACCUGCCACACAGUCAACAACGAAAUAUGGCAAUAACGCCGCGUAUGCAGUGGAUGGCAACAGAGAAACAAAUCAUCUUGUAGACAAGUGUACAGUUACAGCUGAUGGCGACACCAAUCCGUGGUGGAGGGUGGAUCUGCAGGCUGUGUACUCCAUCACAUCUGUCAGAAUACUCAACAGAGGAAAAGAUCAAUACGGAGAUGUGUCAUACAAGCUGCGGGAUGUUACCGUCACAGUUGGACUGACAGAAUCAGAUGUCAACACUCCCUGUGGUUUCUUUGCUGGUCCCGGUACCGCGUCACAGCUGGUCGUCAUCGAUUGUCCGACAUCAACACAGGGGAGGUUCGUAAAGAUCUCCAAGACAACAGAGACCCUCACUCUAUGUGAAGUUGACGUGUUUGGCGUCCCCGUCUAAUCAUCAAAUGAUUUGGUGUCAUAGAUGAUAAGUUACCGUAUAAAAAUACAUGCAUUUGUUUGAUUAUCCCGGAUAC